GACCGGCAUCGAAAGUGACAUCCGUAUCCAUUUUAUAAUCAGUGUGUACGACAAGAUGGGUGCUCGCGUUUCCAGAGACGAUUUUGAAUGGGUUUACACUGAAGAACCACAUGCUUCAAGAAGGAAAGAAAUUCUCGGUAAAUACCCUGAAAUCAAGAAAUUGAUGGGACAUGAUCCCAACCUCAAGUACAUCGUGAUUGCUAUGGUGAUGGUACAACUGAUAGCAGCCUACCUGGUACGCAAUGCAUCAUGGACAGUUGUUCUGCUGGCUGGCUAUUGUUUUGGUGGUGUGAUCAACCAUUCCAUGUCUUUGGCUAUCCAUGAAAUCGCCCAUAACUUGGCAUUUGGACAUAGUAAACCAAUGUAUAACCGUAUACUUGGUAUAUUUGGUAACCUGGUCCUUGGAUUCCCAGAGUCAAUUACUUUCAAAAAGUAUCAUCUGGAUCAUCAUCGUUACCAAGGGGAUGACUUAUUAGAUGUAGACAUUCCAUCGCAGCUGGAAGCCAAACUCUUCAAACAUACUUUCACCAAAUUAAUAUGGGUGAUAUUGCAACCAUUCUUCUAUGGCUUUCGUCCACUCUUUGUGAAUCCUAAACCUGCAACCUUCCUAGAAGUGCUUAACAUUGUAGUGCAGCUGCUGUUCGACCUCGCUGUUCUUUACUGCUUGGGUAUAAAAUCACUUGUAUACCUCAUUGGUGGAACCUUCUUGGCUAUGGGUUUACAUCCUGUUGCAGGGCAUUUUAUAUCAGAGCAUUAUAUGUUUAAGAAAGGUUAUGAAACAUACUCAUACUAUGGUCCUCUCAAUAUGAUCACUUUCAAUGUUGGAUAUCAUACAGAACAUCACGACUUUCCCAGCAUUCCUGGAAGCAAACUGCCUCUGGUCAAGAAAAUUGCUCCAGAGUACUAUGAUGAUUUACCAUGCCACACCUCUUGGGUUAAAGUACUUUAUGACUUUGUGACAGAUCCACAGAUUGGUCCAUAUGCACGUAUCAAGCGCAAAUCUAAUCACAAUGCGAGGAACGGAACAAAGGCUGAAUAAUUAAUUGCUAUAGGUCCUGUGGAUUGCAAGGAAUGGGUCUUGAAUAGAAUUUAAAAUAUUCUGUUCAUAAUAUGACAAUUAUAAACAUUAGUUGACAUCAACACAGGAUCUUAUUGCGGUGCUCUUUGUAUGCAGAUAUAAUAGAUAAUGCUUUUAUAGAGUGCCAUUUUAUAAAUAUGAGGUUUAAAUUUAGACAUUUGGUACAUCGAAAGAUUCUACAUAUUGUGCAUAUUGGAACAUUACAAACUUAAAAAUUUGAUACUAUUUGCUGACUGGUGGUGAUAUAUUUGAUUGAAGUGUAUUUGUAGUUGUAAGUCAUGUUGCCUAAAGUGGUGAUUCUCACCAAAUCACCCAUGUGUUUUGAAUUGUGUAUCAUUAUGUCCCUUAAAUCAAGGUUGAAUUCCCAAGUAAGUUGGUGACUGUAUGAUGCCUUGAAAAGUUCAUUUAUGAUUUUUCAUUUUACUCAAAGUUUAGAACAGGACAUAACUACAGGCACAAUCCCAAGGACUGAAGAUUCAAAAUAUUUUUGUUUAUCCUUGUUAAACAAUAAAUAACAACAAAUUAAAAUCAAAGUAUACCUAUCAUUGCCCUUUUAUGACUGUGCUUAUUCUGCUCUUCAAUUUGGUAUAUUUUGGAAAUUUACAAAUUCAUGCAAAUUUUACACAUUUAAUGUCCAUCCUCAACAUUUCAUUAUCCAGAUCUACUUACUCACAACCAUCCAACUAGUUUUGUUCUAGUGUUACUUUUAUCCAAAGGUAAACAAUCUGAAAAAAAUAACAUUAAAAUAUGCAGCCACAAAGCAUUAGAAUACCGAAACACACUUUAAAACAUUAUCUACUUAACUUAUUGGUUCCUGUGUGUGAAACAGUGCGAGUCUUUGCAGUUGUCUGUAUGAAAUGAUGACAAUAUAUAUUAGAUUUCAGAUGCACGUUUUUGUUGAUGAGCUGGUUGGCUGGCAGCCAGUCAUUUUUUCACAAUGUUCCUGCAUCAAAGUUACUGUGUCAAACAUUUACUUUUAAGCUUACUUUCAAAGGCACUACAUUAGAUGGAGACUUGCCACAACUACUUGCCACUUUCAUGUCAUGCAGUAAUAUUUUAGUCUGGUGUGUAGACCAGGCAUCUUGUUGCAAAUUAUUUGUAAUUUUCUCAUUUUUUGCACAUAUUUUUGGUUCUACUGAAAAAAAUUCAUUCCAAUAACGUAUAUUGCCCUCCAAAAAAUAAUUUCUUAAAUGAUAAGACCAAGAAAAAAAAUGUUUAUUUUUAUGGUCAUUGUGUAAGUCAGUUAACAAUUAAAAUAUAUAUAAAAAAAAAGCAAUGUUAAUGGUGCAUUUGUGAUUUUGUAAAACAAAUUGUCCAGAAUUAUUUGGCCUUCCCCCCUUGGUCCUAACAGUUUUUAACAGUCGCCAAGAAGCCUAUCAUUCUUGUGAGAUGUUCAAUGUGAAUAAAUGUAUUUGGAUAGGUACACAUGGUUUUAGUUAGGGCUUUCAUUGUGUAUUUCUAUAACCAAGAGCUUCCAUCAUUUAUUAUUGUUAUAUGUUGUAUAUAUAUUGCAGGGUUGGUGGUAGUGCGUCUGGUCAGAAAAUUUCAUUUUGCAAGAUGGCAGUUUUUCGUGACAAUAUACAAAAAAACUAAUUUUUACCAUCUAUGUUUUAGUUUUCAAACUACAGGCCAAACUAGUUUAUUUGGUCAUAGCCAGAAAACAAAAGAACAUGAAAGAAAAAUACAUUUUAAUUCGUUUUCGCAUUGUUGCGACCUGAAAAGUGAUCCAUAUUGUCAUAGUUGAGACAAAAUCAAAUUACAAUUUUUAAAAUAAAUGAAUUGGACAACAGUAUUAUUUAUCACUAAAGGCUACAUGUUCAGUUUUACAAUGAUUUGACACGACUUAAAAUCAAGCCUUUUAGACUUGCCAGAAUUGGUUAUUUUUUUUCUGAUAAAUUGACAAAAACUAGGAUUUAAACUGGAGUUGAGGCUGAACAGGCACAAUAUUGAUUUUUGGAAACUGCACCCUGUAAAUUGACUCAAAAAUGUUGGUCCUGGUACAUUUUCACACCAGCUGAACCCUACGAGAGGUUUUUAAAAUAAUUUGACGAAAACCAGUCUGAAUUUACAGAAUUAGGACCCAAAUUGACCAAAAAGCUGGUCUGGCAAAUUACCUCACCAGAUGACCCUCUUCCCCUUGUUACUAUUUACCUUGACACUAUUGGGUACUUAAAACUGGGACUUCAUCACUAACAUUAAAUGUAUUCAAAAUUAUUGGUGUCACAUUUGAAGACACUUUUUUUUUUUAUACAUGUGUAGUUGUGUCAAUAUUUCAAUGGAACGGUGAUCAGACACCAAAUCUUUUUGGAGCUUAUCAGAUAAUGUCCAGUUUUUGAAUAUAUUUGUUUCUAUUGCAUUCAAUUACAAAUUAGUUAUGUUAAUACUGUAAAACAGCUUUUUAAACUUAUUUUAAGCUACCUGUAUCUGUGCUGAUUCAGCAAAAACUCUUUAAAAUUAAAUUUUUGUUGUGUUGCUUAAAAUAACCUAAUUCGUGCAUUUUGCCAGAUUUGAAUUAUUUGAAAUGGCGAGUAGCUAUUUUGAAAUGUUUUGCAGUAGUUGCGAUGCUUGAAUUGUGACAUUAUAAUCUUAAAAUAAAUCCCAUGAUGUGUAUUAUGCUGCACAUAGUUGAAUACAGUGAAUGAAUUGU